AUGGCGAGGACUCAAGGUUCUGGUUUCACCCUGGGGGCGUGCUUGCUCCAACUUGCCACCCUCAUUUUGGCCAGCCCCCUCAAAGCUAAACCUGUUGCCGAACGGAAUCACGCAAGUUCAACAACAACCACGACCACUUGGUUAAAGCCCACCACUGUCACGGUCAACCCCCGGGAUCCAACCAUCACGAGAGACGCCGGAUGGACGACCACAACUGGCCCGCCGCCCUUCACCAGCACCAUCACCUCGUCAUGCAUCACCUUCGACUGGAGGUAUCCCCCCGAGGGCCAUGAACCCACGGUAUCAACAGCAACCGUCACGGCGCGCAGCACCAUCACCGUAACCGACACCGACCGCCCCCUCCAGACACAAUACGAGUUCUACCUCCCCACCGUCACCGUCACCACCCCGCUGGCCACCUACGUGUCGUACCACUGCCUCAACACGCUCGUAGUCCAAUACCACGACUGGGAGUACCUCACCUGGACGUGGUCCAACUUCGCGCACACGGCCACCACCACGGGCCUGUGCGUGACCACCUCGACGCGCUCGACCACCAUCCCGGGGGUGACCCUGCCGAGCCCGCCGCCGCGCCCGCUCGAGGACUGGGAGUACUUCAGCGUCCCCGGCGUGUCGGUGGUGACCAAGCACACGGUGGCCAUCGCGACCGACACCAGCGUCGUCUUCCCCGGCACCACCACCCGCACCGUCUGCGACAGCCGCAACCCGCACCCGACCAUCACCACGCCCUUCACCAUCCACCGCCCAAGCACGACCGUCACGGCGACGGAGACGGUGACCGAGGCGUGUGCGGAUAAGGUGAGGAGGCAGGGGGGUAGUGGGACGGGUGAGGGCUCGCGGGUCUAUCCGCCGGUGGAGGUGCGCACCGUGGUGUAUACGACGGUGACGGUGAUUGAUAACACCGUCUCGACGCUGACGGGCACGGCGAUUGUGGAUAUCAAUACGCAGCAGUUUCCGGUCACGCGGGUAGCGUACACGACGGUUGCGGGGACGAGCGUGGCGACGGUGACGGAGACGGUUUGUGCUUAG